AGUACACGAAUGGUGCAAGAAUGUAAGAAACGCAGAUAAAUGUAAAGAAUUAAAUAAUUUACAAGAAUUGAACGGAUGAAAAAGUUUUUUCAAUGAGAAGGAAGAUAUUCUUUAAAAAAAAUAGUUUAACAAUUGGAAAAUUAACAAUAUAGCAAAAUAAAAAAAAAUCUUUAGUGGAAAAAACGCUAUUAUUAUAUACAAUUAAAGAAAGAUUGUGUAGAAAAAACACAUUAAAAAAUAACUAGCAGAACAACUCAAGCUGAGAUUCUCUCCGAAAAUAUAAAAGAAGUAAAAGGAGAAAGAAAGAAAUUCAAAGAAGUCACGCAAAUCUGUGAAAAAAUAAUUAAUUUGAAGAAAAUUUGUGAUUUAAAAAAAUAAAAUUCAUAAUAAAAAAAGAAAAUUUUUUGAGAAAAAUAGAAAACAAUAAAUUGUAAAAAAAAAUUGCUAAAAUUAAAAAAAAUGCAAAUUACCAAAAAAGGUCAAAUACUAAAAUUCAUUGUUGAAAAAAGUGAUAAAAUUGAGAACUAGCACAUUUCAACACAAGAAAUUUUAAUAUAAAAAAAGAAAUUUAUUUGUUUUUAAACUAUUUGCCUGUUGGUUCUUACUACUUACUUUACUGCCAAUUCUUUUCGGGAGUUUUUGCAAAAUUUUGUAUUAAACAUUGUGUAUGUGGCUGGCUGUUUUGGCUCUCGUUGCGUAUACGUACUCAAGAAGCCUUUUUUGUUUUUGUUAAAAGAAGCCGCCGCCUUCACCGCUUCGUUGCUGAAAUCUUCGGAAUCGUUGUUGUCUUCGUUUUCCUAUGUUUCGAAGGGAUUUUUAACGAAAACGCAACAAGCAACCCGAACACCUGCCCCUCUUAUCUUUGUUGAUCGAUAAAGCGAUUACACUUUCGAUAUUAUCACAUUCAUUCAUUAUCCACUGCAAAUUAUUAUCGUCAGCAUAUACAUAUUCCUCAGAUUAGUUAGUGGUCUCGUUGGAGGUCAUCGUUUGAUUUUGUAAAAACACAAACUCAAAUCUACCAACUAAGAGCAGCGGCCUUAAAAGGGCAUACAUUUGCUGCUCUUGUAUUCUUGUUUCUUAAAUUUGUUGCUUGAAUAAGGAAAAAAGUUUGUUCUUAUUUUGUUGUAAAUAACUUGGAUAUUUGUUUUGAAGUUACAAAUGCUAAUUAAUCAUAAUUAUUUAAGCAUAAAUCUUCAAGUUAGCUCAAGCUAAUCUUCAGAAACUACUUGUCAAUAAGGUAGACAUCUCUCUGUUCGUGUGUGCAUGAAAAGGAGAAUGUUUACACCCAUUAAAAACUUUAUAACAUACAUACAAAAGAAUGCUAGUGGAAAUUCAAUAUUUGGAGGAAAUAGUACAGCAGAAGAAACAGCAAAAAUGGAAACAGAAAAUAUGAAAAUAGAACAAGAAACAGAAACUGCAACUGUAACUGUAACAGCAACAAUGCAGUCAGAAAAUGAAAUUCCAAAAGAAACAAUAGAAAAGGAUCCCGUUACAAAUAAAGAAGAAGAGGAGCAAGAACAAGAAAUGAGUGAAGAAACCAAAGACUUUUCCAGUUCGGAGGAAAAAGAGUCUGAAACAAAAACAACCACAGUAACGACAACAUCUACAGUAUCCACAGAAAAUUCCUGUGAAUUUGAUGAAGAUGAUAUAGAGGCACAAAUCGAAAGUAGUAUUAUGUUGAAGAAACCAGUUGAAAUUUCAGCCACAGAUAGCUGCGAUAUUUUGGAGAUCAAAAGUACAUCAAAUGCUAAUUGCAGCAGCAUUGUUAUCAACCAUGAUUUUAAUCGUGCUCAGGUCUUAAGUCCUAUUGACGAUGAAUUGGAUGAUUUCAGACAUGAUCCAACAGAAGUAUUGGGCACAACUUCAUCGCCGUGUCCCAUUCAACAUGCCGAUGAAAUGUGUUCGAUGGGAAGUGCCGAAGAAGCAUUAGAAAGAGAUGCCGCAACUGCGGAUGAGUUCGUAACCGAAGAAGAAGAUGAAGUGGAGGAUAUUGAAACAGAAGAAGAACACAAAGUAAUGGAUGAAGAUACAGAUCUAGAAAUAAUAGACGAAGACAAAGAUGACGAACAAAAGGAAGUAAUCGAUAUAGAUGAUGACGACGACGACGACGAUGAUGAGGAGGAGGAUGAUGAAGAAGAACCGUUUUUAGAUUUGAAUAAUUUUAAAAACAGCAAUGUAAUCGUUUUAGAUGAAGUUGACUUAAAUGCAUCUACGAAUUCUAUUGAUACGAACAACACAACUGACGAUCCCUUAGCUAUAGCGUGCGAAGAGCAGGAAGCAUUUGCUGCCGACAAAGCAGCUGCAUUAGAGGAAUUAAAUUUACUAAAUAGUUCACAAACUUCACAGGAUGAAGAUACUCGAACAACCACCGAAGAUGACUUGCAGUGGUUGAAAACCGAUCUAGAAGAUAAUACACCAUCAUGCAGCAAUAAAGUACUGCUUAAAGAUACUGUCUCAGAAGUAACGCCCGAAAAGGAAGAGCGUAAUGGUGAGGGUUCCGAUUCCGGUUUAGGCAGUGAAACAUCAGCCUUACACACGACCAUCACAAGUAUUACCGAUACUAGCCAAUUGAACAUGACCGCAGCGACACCAACGCAGACACCCACUAAUCAAGCGAAGGCGAAAGACAGUGAAAAAUUAAUGAGCUCGAAUAUGCUGCAACUAGCAAAAUCACCACCCAAGGAUCCUCCAAAACCAUACAGAUCAAACUUAAAACGACGUUUAGAAGUUGACGACGAUGUUGUUGAGGGUUUGGGUUCGCUAACAGCCACUACAUCUUCACUUAGUGAUCAUAGUUCUAUAACAGGCAGCAUACAAAAGAAACCAAAGCGUUCAAUAAAUUUCGAUACCGUACAAGUCUACUAUUUCCCCCGGCAACAGGGCUUUAGUUGUGUACCCUCGGCGGGUGGUUGUACUCUAGGCAUGGGAGCUAGGCAUGUGGCCUUUAAAACAUUGACAUUAGCUGAGCAUGCAGCUGAACUAAGAAGGGCUCAUCGCAUGCAAUUACAGGAAAUUAACCCCAGAGGUUCCUCUAGUGACGAUAGUGAAGAGUCCGAAGAAGAUUAUCUAAGUGAGGGCAGCGGUUCUGAUUUGGAUGGUGAGUCGAAUGGUUUCCUACAGCCUGUUUCGCCCAAACAGCGAAGGGCUUUGCUGAAAGCGGCUGGCAUACGUAAAAUUGAUCCCAGUGAAAAGGCUGAUUGCCGCAACAUCCGUAAUAGUCGAGAGGUCUGCGGUUGUACUUGUCGAGAUUUUUGUGAUCCCGAAACUUGUGCUUGCUCCCAAUCUGGCAUUAAAUGUCAAGUUGAUCGUGAUAUGUUUCCUUGUGGCUGCUCUCGUGAUGCCUGCGGCAAUACAAUUGGACGUGUAGAAUUCAAUCCGACACGUGUGCGCACCCAUUACAUACACACCCUAAUGCGUUUGGAGAUGGAAAAUCGUCAGCAACAAAAUCCUUACUCUUCUGCCGUUGCCUCACCCAUGCAAGCAACACCCUCCUCGUAUUACCAAUCCCAUUUGCAACCACAAUCGAAUUACAGUUCGGGUUAUGCAUCUCCGGCCUACAAUACUGCCUCCGAACUACAUCAACAAACGGCUGCCAGUUCGUACUAUCUCACACAAAACCCUUCCACUUCCAACGGUCUGUAUGGCCAACAAACCUCAUUAGAAAUGACACACAAUGCUAGUGGGGCUACCGCUGCCACUGCAACCCAAUAUGGCAUUGAUAGUUUGGAUACAAGUCUUUUUGGUGGCACUCCCACAGCAACUCCAUCAUAUGGUGAACUAAUGCCGGUGACUGCUUAUCAUUAUGGAAAUGUGCAAACACAAGCAUUACCAUUCAAUUCCUAUCAUAGUACCCCCUACAUCAAUGCGAACAAUGCCAAUGCCACAACUUCCCUUAACACACCGAACACCUAUAGUUCAUGUGCCGUGCCCUCUAUACCACCCUAUGGUACAGCUACGACUACCGAAGCUACAGGAGUUUAUCACAGUGUAAGUAGUUUAACUAGCAUAGAGACAACCACUGCGCCCAGUUGCAGUGUCAAUGGUACGACCUCGUUAGAAAAUGAUGCCAGUUCUAAUUUUAUAAGUCUAUCCACCCCACUGGCCAGUUCCUCAAGACUAUCACAAAUAAAUGAUUUACUACAACACAAUCGUAAUGCAACAACGGCUCUUGUGGCGGUUUCACCAAUUAAAGGAGCCACAGACGAUGACUCAGCGCCAGCAGACGCAGCAACAACAGUGUGUACAACACAAGUCAAUGUUGAUAAUUUGCAGACAAACAUGUCGUCAUCAAGCUCAUCAACUGAAACGCCACCUGUAGAAGAUGCCCACAAAAACAGCAUGGCCUAUGAAGAGUUAGUGUCACCUUUAAAGCCGGCCCCAACAGUGGCAGUUAUUGAAAGUGACAUUAACAUUGGACCAGUUAAACCAACAACACCUACACUACCAGAAACUACAGUGGCUGCAGAAACUUUACCUAUAGAAGAAGUGGAAUCAACAUCAUCACCAGCAUCGUCUUCAUUAAAUACAGAGAUUUUGCCACAAACUUUGGCUUUGUGUAAAAGUGAGCAAGAUAGCAACACGCUAGCGGCGGUAAGUGCAACCAUAGAACCUUCAACUAUUGAUGUGGCAGCUGGAAACUAAAUAGCCAAGCCAGUCUUUUUUGAAACAAAGCAAAAAAAGUAAUAAUACUUUGCUUAUGCAAACAAACAAAUAGAACACAUGAAAAUAUGAUAAAUCAAGUAUUUAGUUAAGUUCCAAUUUUAAUUAUAUAUACAUAUAUACAUACAUAUAGAGUAAUAAGCGUUUAAACAAUAUAUAACAACAAUAUAAACUUAUAAAUUACCAACAACUUUAACAGAACCCCCAACAUCUCCCCUCCAAAAGUCAUACAAAUAUGCAAAAAUAAUCAAAUCAAUUUGUAGUGUUUUUUAAAAGCAGAUUUAAACGGAAACCAUAAACAUAAAAUAUCUUCUUACAACACAAACAUACAACAUACGUACGUACAUAUUUAUUCACAUUAUGUAUUACAAUAUUACUACAAAACAAAAAAAGUACUAUUUUAAUUCAUACUUUUAAUUUAUUUGUUGUUAAAAAUUCUGUUUUCUGAAAUUUAAUUUCUUAGUUUUAGUUUGAUGGCGUAGAGAAAAUUAACACUUUAUAUAAAGCAAAAUUUGGGGUUUCUAGGUACAACUAAUUGCAUUCUCUUUUCUACCGUUGUAAAUUCUAAAAUCAUCCUAAUUUAAUGUUUUAGAAAAUUUGGCAUCCCAAACUUUCUUUAAUUGUAACUUUUAUUUGAAUUUAUGAAAUUCCAACUAUUUUAAUCUUUGUUUAAUUUAGUUCUGUAUGCAGGAAGUCGUACUAAUGAUCCUAUUAAAGCCAGCUAAUUAAAUUUGUUCUCGAAAUAUUAUUAAUUUCUGAAUAUUUCGUGUCUUUUUUAUGUUAAUGGGAGAGAAUCAAAUAAUUUUCUUAGUUUAAAAAAUAUUAGUUUCAUAGAAACUACAUAAAAUCUUGAUUUUUUUUUAGCAAUUUGUAAUACGUUUAAGGGCCAAAUUACCGCAUUCGGGAUCGUGAUAAAUAUAAUUUUUGUAUUUUGGACCCGUUAUAUCCGGCACUAUAUUUCCGCAUUCAGGCUUGAAUGCUACCAAAUAAGUAGCGUACUUAUUUGGAAUUCAACACCUUGGGCGUAUUACUUUCUGAUAUUCUAAAAAAUUUGUUGCUGUUGAAACAAAAUAUGACAAAAACGUAUAACUAUAAAAAAAAUUCGAUUAUUGCUAAAAAAAAUCAAGCCAAAUAUAAAAAUGUUCAAUAAAAAGUAGCAGGUCAAGCCACAACACUGUCAAGCUUGUCGUCAGAUAUAUUUGAUUGGUACAUAUAUACAAUUACUGAAAAUCAAUUUAUUAUGUCCACCUAAACGACGGCAAUUCAAGUUGUUAAGUCCUGCCAAACAAUUGAAUUAUAGUUGUAUUAUAGUAAAAAGGAAUUAUAAAUUCAAAUCAAAUAUUUUUGGUUCGAAAAUUUUAUUCAGAAAUACGACCGAAAUACAGUUUUAAAAUAUUGGUAUGAAAAACACUGAAAAAUUAUUUGAAAAUUGAGUGAUUUUUCAUACAAGAAUUUUGAACAUUGCUUUCCGGUAGUGUGUCUGAAUAAGACCCUUAAUUUAUACAAACAAUAAACAUUUGGUUUGAAUUUAUAAUUCGAUUUUACUAUAAAUUCAAUUGUUAGGCAAGACUUAAUUAAUAACUUGAAUUCCGGUCGUUUUUCUAAAUCAGGCCCUAAAUUUAUAUGAAAAAAACUUAGUUUUCAUACAAAUACUUAAAUUAAAUUUUCUAUUCGUGUUUCUUAAUCAGAGCCCGAAUUUUCAUACAAAUUAAUUCGACUUACAUUUCUUUCAACAUCGAGAAUCUGACAGUAAAUAUUAUUGUAUUCUUAAUAAAUUUAGGCACAAAAUUAUACAA